UUUUUAAUUUUUUUUUUAAUUUUUAUUUUGGGUAAGGCCUAAACCCUUUGUAAGAACUCUCUAGAAUCGCAAAUCCUCCCCCUCCGCUCCGCUAAAUAAAAGCCUCUCCCUUUCAGCUUCUGAUCACCGCUCUGCUCAUUUUCUCUCUCUAGAAAAAGCUUGGUCUGCUUCUAGGGCAUCCUCGCUCUCUCUCUCUCUCUCUCUAUAGGCUUCUGGAAAUGGACGAGGACAUCAACCUGAACGCGCCGCCACCGGAGGGAAUGGACGAGGGCUUUGAUCUGCUGGAUGAGUCCCCCAUGCUCAAGGUUGGCGAGGAGAAGGAGAUCGGAAAGCAGGGCUUGAAGAAGAAGCUUCUCAAGCAAGGCGAAGGCUGGGACACUCCCGAGACUGGCGACGAGGUUGAAGUUCAUUACACUGGGACUCUGCUGGAUGGGACGCAGUUCGAUUCGAGCCGUGAUAGGGGGACUCCAUUCAAGUUCACUCUCGGACAAGGGCAAGUUAUUAAGGGAUGGGAUGAAGGUAUUAAAACUAUGAAGAAAGGUGAAAAUGCGCUCUUCACCAUUCCUCCUGAGCUGGCUUAUGGCGAAUCUGGAUCUCCUCCAACUAUUCCUCCCAAUGCCACGCUGCAAUUUGAUGUGGAAUUGCUUUCAUGGACGAGUGUGAAGGACAUAUGCAAGGACGGUGGAGUAUUCAAGAAGAUCCUAACAGAAGGAGAGAAAUGGGAAAACCCAAAAGACCCUGAUGAAGUGUUAGUCAAAUUUGAGGCCCGGCUUGAAGAUGGAACUGUUGUUGCAAAAUCUGACGGAGUUGAAUUCACUGUGAAAGAGGGUUACUUCUGUCCUGCAUUGUCAAAGGCGGUUAAAACUAUGAAGAAGGGAGAGAAGGUGCUUCUGACCGUGAAGCCACAAUAUGGGUUUGGGGAUACAGGAAAGCCUGCGACUGCUGGCGAAGGUGCAGUUCCUCCAAACGCUACUCUUGAGAUAACGCUAGAGUUGUUGUCAUGGAAAACUGUUACAGAAGUAACUGAUGACAAGGUCGUUAAAAAGAUCUUGAAGGAAGGCGAAGGAUAUGAGCGUCCAAAUGAAGGGGCUGUUGUCAAAUUGAAGUUAAUUGGGAAACUACAGGAUGGUACGGUAUUUUUAAAGAAAGGACAUGAGGAAGGGGAAGAGCUUUUUGAGUUUAAAACAGAAGAAGAACAAGUCAUUGAUGGGCUCGAUACAGCUGUGUUGACAAUGAAGAAGGGAGAAGUAGCAUUGUUGACCAUUGCGCCAGAGUAUGCAUUUGGUUCAUCGGAGUCCCAGCAGGAAUUGGCUGUGGUACCUCCCAACUCCACUGUCUAUUAUGAGAUUGAGCUGGAAUCCUUUGUCAAGGAGAAGGAAUCAUGGGAUAUGGUUGCGGAAGAGAAAGUUGAAGCAGCAGGUAAGAAGAAAGAGGAAGGGAAUGCCUUAUUUAAGGCGGGUAAAUAUUUGAGAGCUUCAAAGAGAUAUGAGAAGGCUGUGAAGUACAUAGAAUAUGAUACCAACUUCCGUGAAGAAGAGAAGAAACAGGCAAAGGCAUUAAAAGUCGCAUGCAAUCUUAACAAUGCAGCUUGCAAGUUGAAAUUGAAAGAUUACAAAGAAGCAGAGAAAUUGUGCACUAAGGUACUAGAAGCAGAGAGUAGAAAUGUAAAAGCUCUCUACAGAAGGGCUCAGGCAUAUAUCCAGUUGGCUGACUUGGACUUGGCCGAGUUUGACAUCAAGAAAGCUCUUGAGAUUGACCCUAACAACAUGAAUGUGAAGCUGGAAUACAAAACUUUGAAGGAGAAGAUGAGGGAAUACAAUAAGAAAGACGCCAAGUUUUAUGGCAACAUGUUUGCAAAGAUGAGCAAGAACGCAGCAGCUAAGGAGGCUGAACCCACGAGCGUAGACAGCAGUGCAUUGACCGGCAAACCGAGAGGAAACAUUGACAAGAGAGAAUGCGUGUUGCGGCGGUGGUGUUGGCGUGACGAGACUAACAGAAAAUGAUCACAUUGUGUUGUAGGGGUAGUGUUCGGUUCAUGACUUUGGACCCAUUUUGGUGCAAUUUUAAGUGGGAAUCUAAAUCAACCAUAAAUCUCAAUGUCGUUCCACAAUCCCAUCCUCAUUCUCCCCCCGCUC